CCCGAGGACGGAUUAGUAAACGGGCUUUUUGAUUCCCGCCAUUCACGUGCAUUCGAGUCUGCGUUGAGCCCGUUGUCGCCGUGAUGAGUUCUACCGUUUUUAGUUAAUUAUGGAGUUCAGCAGCAGACGACGCGCGUGCGUCUGUUUUACGAGUUGUGCAGCCGCAGGCCCCGCCGUGUUGUUAUUCCGCACCAUGUGGACGUAGUCACGACGUCACGCAGCCUAUCGGAAUUUGGGCCCCGUCGUCCGCUCGCUGCGGGUGCAGGCUCGUCUCGGCUCCGUUGGCUCGCGGACGCGCCGUUCAAGCGUCGGCCCGCCCCGCGGCAGCGGCAGCGGCAUGGCAACGGAGAGCAGACGGGGGAGAGGGUGUGUCGAGAGCGGCUGCUACUUAUACCGGCUCCGGUAGAACGGAGCAGCGGGAGCAGCAGCGGUCACCGCGCGGCGCCUCCGCCGCGAAGCGCGUUCCUGCCGGAUGAGACGAUGCCCCGCCGCCGCCGCGCGCUGCCGCCGCCGCCGCUGACCUGCCGCCGGACCCAGUCACAGGGACGUAGUUAACGCCGCAGACACGGAUAAACUUGUGUGUGUGCUGCGCGCACGCGUCUCCGGUCCCGAACGCAGACGAUCGAGAAGAUGCUGAGCCGCCUGAUGAGCAGCAGCGUCAGGAGUCUGGACCGGGAAUGCAACUGCACCGUGAGGCUGCUGGACGACUCGGAGUACACCUGCACCGUCCAGCGCGACGCCAAGGGACAGUACUUGUUCGACCUGAUCUGCCACCAUCUCAACCUGCUGGAGAAGGACUACUUUGGCAUCAGAUAUGUGGAUCCAGACAAGCAGAGGCACUGGCUGGAGUUCACAAAGUCCAUAGCCAAACAAAUGAAAUCUCAGCCUCCUUUCACUAUGUGCUUGCGUGUCAAGUUCUACCCGCCUGAUCCCGCUGCUCUGAGAGAGGAAAUCACCCGAUAUCUCGUCUUCCUGCAGGUUAAGAGGGAUCUCUACCACGGCCGCCUUCUGUGUAAAACCUCCGACGCUGCUCUUUUGGCUGCCUACAUAUUACAAGCUGAAAUCGGCGACUAUGACCCCGGCAAACACCCAGAGGGCUAUAGCUCCAAGUUCCAGUUCUUCCCCAAGCACUCGGAGAAGCUGGAGCGACGCAUCGCUGAGAUCCACAAGAACGAGCUGAUAGGUCAGACGCCUGAAACCUCUGAGCUUAACUUCCUGCAGAAGGCGCAGAUGCUGGAGACGUACGGCGUGGACCCUCAUCCAUGUAAGGAUGUGUCUGGAAACCCGGCGUUCCUGGCAUUCACUCCCUUUGGAUUCACUGUGUUACAAGGAAACAGGAGGGUCCACUUCCUCACAUGGGAGGAGGUGACCAAACUCAAGUUUGAAGCAAAGACAUUCCAUAUAUAUGCAAAUCAGAAGGAGGAUUGGAAGAUUAUACUGACUUACUUUGCACCUACACCUGAGGCCUGUAAGCAUCUGUGGAAGUGUGGAGUCGAGAAUCAGGCCUUCUACAAGCUGGAGAAGUCGAGUCAGGUUCGCACCGUGUCCAGCAGCAAUCUGUUCUUCAAGGGAAGUCGCUUCAGAUACAGUGGAAAGGUUGCAAAAGAAGUCAUGGAACAAAGUGCCAAAAUUAAGAGAGACCCUCCAGAGAUCCACAGGACUGGCAUGGUGCCAAGCAGAAGCUGCCCGUCAAUCACCCACGGCCCCCGUCUGACCAGCGUGCCCAGGACCCGACGAAGAGCAGUGCACAUCUCCAUCAUGGAGGGUCUGGAGUCUCUUCGGGACAGCGCCCACUCCACGCCUGUGCGCUCUGUGUCCCACGGCGACGCCUUCGUGGCCUCCAGGGGCCGGACGCUGGACGGCAGCGACGCCAGCACGUCGGCCGUCAUCUCCGAUGAGGUGUACAGCCCGUCGGACAGCAUGCUGCCCACGCCCGUGGCCGAGCGCGGGCCGGACCUGCCUUUGGCUCGCCACCUCAACGGCUCUCCCUGCAGCAUCGCCGAGCAGCAGGAGGCGGCGGCGGCGAGGGCCGGCCCGGCGGCGGAGGCGGUGCCGGGCCGGCGGGCCGCGCAUGCCGCGCGUGCAGCCAGGAGCCGGCCGGCGCCAUCGGGCGACGUGGAGGAGGUCAACAAGUUCAUCCUGAGCGUGCUGCGCCUGUUCCUGGUCACCAUCGGACUGCUCUUCGCCCUGCUGCUGCUCCUCAUCAUGCUGACGGAGUCGGACCUGGACAUCGCCUUCCUGAGAGACAUCCGCAAGACACCCGAAUUCCAGCAGUUCCACUUUGACUACUUCUGCCCUCUGCGGCGCUGGUUUGCCUAUAAGUUACGAUGGAUGGGAGGUUUCCUCAUCAGUAAAUGAGAGCGAGAACCACUGAUGGAGGCUGGAACAGUCGUCAGGUCAGGAGACUGCUCCGUGAAGAGCCUUGCUUUUGUUUGACCAUCACUGCGACAAAAACAAAUCACCUUUUCUUUGAUAAUUCAGGUCAUUUUUUCCACAGCAUCAGGGUCGAAUUUAAACACAGAUUUGAUGGACUUAACUUUUCCAACCACAAAUAGCAGUGGCCUUUAUUUUUGUAUUGAUUGUUGUGCUAUGAGAGGAACCUGUUGUGGGAACUAAAAGGGGCCAGCUGGUUUGAAUAAUAACGUUACUGCCGCUGCUACGAGAAUAAAUGGAAUGAAGCGUUUUAGCUAAAGCGUGAUUUACUGUCAUUUACUGAGCCUUGAUCAGGUAAACAGUCCAGUAACAUUGAGGGUAAGUGGGUGACGUGACGCCAGUAGAAACCUUGAGUUUAUGUUUUUAGAUGUAACUGUUCAGGUCACCGUUUUCAGAGCAUGAAGCUCUUCCAAUCUCUAACUCGACUCAGUCAGAACGUGAUUAUAAGUGAAAGUGAUUUCAUCCAACAGGAUCCAACGAUUCUAAUAACAACAACCAAUCUGUUUUCCAGUAGCUGUAGAAGUGAUGGGACUGUGAGGUAGCGACAGACAAAUGCUCAGCUGUAGGAGGAGUUCAACGCGAUGUGCCGUUAAUAUAAGUAGUCAAACCCUUCACCCCACAGGAGUAGUUGCUGAUUUCUGUUCCCCUCAGUAAACGACAGCCUCAUCGUAUUAACGCUUGAAGCCGUUUACUGCAGGUUUUACCCGUGGAGGCUGAACAUUUUUGAUUCAUGUUUGCAUUUUCGUGAAAGCUGAUGUCGACACGCUAACGUUUGCUCACGUUGACUUUUAUUGGACUUGAAUCAUUGUUUCUACUGUGGAUGCGUAGUUUUGAGCCCUGCACCUGCUUAUAAGACGGUUAAGCCUGAGAAAACCCACUUCAGCAUCAUCAUCGCACCGACCAAAGAAGCCUCUGCCUGCUGUCAUUGUGUGGCAGCAGAUGGAGAUGUCUGCUGUCCUUAUUUCUAGCCUUAUAAUGGUCUCACUUCACUACGAUGUGUCUUUACAGCACAGAGCAUCAGACGCCAUUGGUUAAAGUCAACGCAAACCUACAAAUGCUUGAUUAAUCUGUAGUGGGUGGAGGCGCCUGUGCCAAUAUUUAUGCAAGGGAAAACUGUGGGUUGGUGGACGGCUGGAGGAGAGUCCUCUGAGAAUCUGUUGGUGUUAAAUACUGCUCUGUUUUGUUUGUGUUCACAUUCUUAUAGAUAUCUGCUCUGAAAUGACCAGAGUUCAUUCCCAGUCUAGGUAUUUAAAAUGUAGAUAAGUUUAUACAUUUGCUUUGAGCAAAAGUGCUUUUUUCCUUUUAAAGUUUAACGUCAACUUUACGUGUAGCAAUAAAUAUGAUGUAUACUGAUCAUUGAUAAGUGUGUUUUUAAUCUUCUAGGACGGUGAAACAGGCUGUAGAUGCACUGGUGGCCACCACUCCCAUUAUUGAGGUCACACUCUGUGGUACAAAGACGCUUCUCUGUCAAAAUGAUGUUUGAGUGUUGCUUUCCGCUGCACUGCUCCUUCUAGAUGUGUUCAUGUAGAGGCUUAACGUAUGUAAAUGAACUAGACCCCUGAUAGUAAAGCUGUUUUCACUUGACCUUUAAGUGGUUUGAACACAAAGGAAGCAGGACUUGUGUAUUUCCAUCCACUUUAAAUACGUAGCAUACUCAACUACCUGAAUCUUCGUGUGUGCUCUGUGGCUUAUUAUUGUCCUGCUAAGGUCCGAUGGGUGGUACAGGGGUGAGGGCUGUAACCCAGCAGUCAGACGUUCAGCUUCCUUCCUGUACCGUGGUCCUGCACAUGGAAACCUCUGUAAGCAUGUGUUCUGCAUUCAUGCCCUCAACAAGACUGCUCAUGUCCAAUCACUGACUUCAGACCAGUGUAAUCCAUUGACAAAUAAAUAUUGUCUAUUCUUGGCAUCAAUGAUUUCAUUCACAAA